UCUGCCAGGAGUGGGAAGGUUGUGAAGCCCUUAGCUGAAGACUAGUGGAUAGGUAGCACCCACAAUCCAUGGUCGUGGAUGUGUCCCCUCACUGGGAGUGAUGGGAACUAGUGCCCCUGAGGCCUGGAGCAUCUUCAGAGCACUUCCUGUACCAGUUCAUCUGAAGCCUCUCAGGGGACCAGGAAGCAGAGGACAGAAAGGAGAACUCGGCAUGUGAACACUGAACUGUCUAGAAGGACACGGCCCCUCCUCCUCUUGGGCUUGGUAUGGGCAGGAGACACCAGAGCUGAAGAAAUGACCCCAAGAGUGAUGGGAGUGUGGCUGCCUUCAGCUCUGCUCCUCUUGCAGGUCCCAGGCUGUGUCCCUCUGCGUGGCCCCAGCAAGGUGACAGGCACUGUGGGGGAGUCCCUGAGUGUGCGGUGUCAGUACGAGGAGGAACACAAGAAUAAUGAGAAAUUCUGGUGCAGAGUGUCACUGCUACCACCAUGUAAAGAGAUUGUCAAGACCAGAGCCUCAAAAGAAGCUAGGAAUGGCCGAGUGUCCAUCAGGGACCGUCCAGUCAACCUCACCUUCACAGUGACCUUGGAGAACCUCACCCUGGAGGAUGUAGGCACCUACAAGUGUGGGGUGGACAUGCCACUUUUUGAUGACAGAUCCUCUGUGGGAAUCAAUCCCUCCUUGGGGAUCGAUGAGUCCUUCAAGGUUGUGGUGUCCGUGGUCCCAGGUAAGCUCCCCUCAUGUCAGGGCACCCUGAGUCCAGGCCUGUCAUUCCCUCAUGAAGGAAGGAAGGCAGAUACAAGAGCAUGGUGAGCUUGGUGAAUCAGUGACUCAGGCCACAGGGGGUGUGAGUCCACGUGUACCUUUGUAAGAUCAUGUGUGGUAUGUGUGAUAGUGUAUGUACACCAAUAUAUGUGUGUGCGUGUACACACAGGCACAAUGGGGAACCUGGGUUCUUAGAAACUCUCUUUUCAUUACAUUUACUUAGUUAGUUAGUUAGUUAGUUAGUUAGUUAGUUAGUUAGUUGGAUAGCCCCGGUGUGUGUCAGCCAGAGAACUCGCACUCAGUUCUCUCUCCACAAUGUAUUCCUGGGGCUCAAACUCAGGUCAUCAGGUUUGACAAGGAAGGUCUUUACCAACCAAGCUGUCUCAUCAGCCACUGUUCGAGAUUCUCUGUGUGUUCCAUAUGACAGUCUGAGGCCCAGAGACAUGCCGUAGAUCAGUGGCUCUUUGUGACUUCCUGUCCUCAUAGGAGACAAGUCCUCUCUUCCAGGUCUCACUUGGUCCUGUCCCCAUCUCAUGUGGGAACAGUACCCAGCGUAUCUGCUCCCCUCUUCAAAGGAUGCCCUGGCCUGAAACUGAGUGGACACUUUACUUCCAUGGAGGUCCUGAGGGAGCAGCCUCAUCACAGUGUUUGUGGGUCUUCUGACAGGAACCAGAGACACAAAAAGGAGGGUAGAUUGUGUAUCGGGGUUCUUGAUCCCUGAGGAAUCCAUUCAACUACUCCAAGUUCCCCUGCAUCCCCCUUUCCCAGGAAACAUUUACUGCAGGUAAAACUCAGGGAAUCCCCCAAAAGUGCCCCUUCCCAGGCAGAGGGUGAAGCUGGAUGGAAGACAGUCUCUCAGCUCCUUUGGUCCCAAUGUUCUCCAUGUCUGCAGUCAUUCUCCCCUAAUGGAGCCUCCCUUGUUACAGACUCCUAACUAGUGCAGCAUCUCUUUAAGGGCAGGGUGGUGGAGGGGCUGAAGAGGAUGAACUGCUCUGUUAUUCCCAGUUUUCUCUUUUCUGAGAGAGGUUCUUGUGUAGCCCAGGCUGGCCACAAACUCACUGUGUACCUGGGGUUCAUCUUGAAUGACUGAUCUUCCCGACUCUGCCUCUCUGGCACUGGGAUUACAGGCUCCCAUCCCCACACCCAGCUUCCUGUUCUGGUUCUCAGUUUUGGUUUCCCCCUCAAAAAAACUUCCCUCCAACAUCCUCUGUUGGUUCACAGUGAAGUGGGUGGAACCAAAUCCUGCUGGUGUCUCUAGUUCCCCUCAGUAGAGGCCACUCUCCACAGGGUCCUUCAAGCAUCUGUCUUUCUAGAACUUUCCAUCUGGCCAUUCCUCAGGAAAGACUUCCCAGUGGCCUGUCUAGGUGACAGUGUGGGCAUGAGGGGGCUAGGCAGACAGAGUCCCAUCACUCUGUGUCUGUCCCCAGAAGGAUGGAAGACAAGGAAGCAAAAGGUGUGACUGAGGCCAGAAGGGACCUGGAACCAAGUGUCUUGUCAUUGACACUUAAACUCUCCUCUACAGGAAGACUGGCCUCAAGUUUGAAAGUGCCAACCAGCCCCAAUGCACCAUGGGAAAGGCUGGGAAGGGAAGAGCUGACCAGGACUUGGUGGGGCCAUGGGGCUUGUAGGCUGUCACACAGCUGUCCACCGUGUCCCUAGGGACCUGUGUGCAGCAGAGCUGCAGAGGUUUCAGUGGGGAGGAGAUGGAGUGGAGGUCACUGGGACAGUCUGUGUUUCCAUCCUUAGCUCCAGUCAUAGUCUCUUUACCCAAGAUCAUAGCAAAUAUCCUGGGGUCCCCCACAUCCUCACCAGUGCACACUCAGUCCAGUGUGACCACAGAGGAUACAACUCCUGGUCCCAGCCUACAAGCCCGGUGAGGAACCCUGAGGGCUCUGGAUUGGGGUGGGGGUAAUGCUGGAGGUGGAGGUAGAAGGGUUUGGAUCUCCCUCCUUGGGCAUCUCCUGCAUCUUCCAAUCACACACUGACCUGGGGAGUGUCUUGUGAACAACAGUUGCUCAUCUACAGAUUGGGACACAGCAAUGACACCCAGACCCAGACCUGCUGAGAUGGAGUUAGUUUCCUGUCAAGAGGUUACUACACAAACACACCCAGAGUCUGGGGAGAUGGCUCUGCUGGUAAAGGAUCUGAGUUCGAGCCUCAGCACCUACAUGUCAGGCAUGGUGGCAUACACUUGAAAUACCUGAGCUGUGGAAGUGGAGACAGGAGAAUCCCUGAGACUCACUUUCCAGCCAGCCUAGACUACUUGGCAAGCUCCAGGCCAAUGUGAGAUCCUUUCAGAUAACAAGAUAGAUGCAUCAGGUGUGGUGACUCAUGCCUUUAUUCCAGCACUUGGGAGGCAAAGGCAGGCCAGUCUAAGAGAUGAAACUCAGCCUGGACUUCAUAACAAAUUUCAUUCUAGCCAGAGCUGCAUAGUGAGACCUGUUCCAACACCAACAUAACAAGUUGAUGAUUCUUGAGGAAUGACACCCAAGGGUAUCCUCUGGAAUCCACGUUCAUGCACAUACAUGUGCACCUACAUACACACAUAUGAACACACACACACACACACACACACACACACACACACACACACACACCGGUAAAUUAAUUAAUUGAUGAAAAUAAAUACAGUCACCGGUUUGUUGUGACACAAGGCUUUAACACCAGUACUUGGGAGAACAAGGCAGGUGGAUCUCUGUGAGUUGAAGGCCAUCCUGGUCUACAUAGUGAGUUCCAGGACAGCCUGGGCUACAUAAAGAAGAGACCCUUCCCCCUAUCUUCCAGAAAACCAACCAACCAAAAAACAAACAAACAAACAAACAAACACAUAAAUAAAUAACAAAGAAGAGCCACCAGGAGAAAAUAGGGGAACUCAGUUUAGAAGAGAGUUGGGGUCUGGGUGGAGGAGGCAGCGCCUGCCUGGAUAGAGGCCUUAGGAGUGGAGGUCCAUGGACAGAUUAAGUCAGACCCACAGUUCCAGGCUACUUCUUGGGAUAUCAGUCACACUGGUCAUCAGGCAGGGUUCCUUGUCCUCAUCCCUGAAAAGAGCACCUUGGACACACACCUGGGUAAAGAGACCGACACACAGUGUAGGACACCAUCACCACCUUCUGGGAAAUGAGCUUAUUGUGACCUUGUCCCCACAGGCCCCUGCUGAGUAGCAUCUACUUCCAGGUCCUGGUCUUUCUGGAGGUGCCCCUGCUCCUGAGCAUGCUCAGUGCAGUCCUCUGGGUGAACAGGCUUCAGCGGUGCUCUGGGGCGAAGCAACACUGUCCCGAUUAUGAGAAUCAGUGAGGUCUGUUGACGUCGAAGCCCUGUCCAUGACCCUGGACACAGCUCUUCUGGUGGCAGAGGACAACAAAUAAAUCUGUGUUUCUG